AUGACCAAGGGAGAAGACUCUCACCUGACAAUGGCCCUUUCUCACCAGAGUGAUGGGACCAGUGGAAGUUUUGAUCAGAGCAGCCCCUCAUCCUACUACUCCAGGAAUAGUUAUGAAAGCAGCCCUGCCUCGUCUUUUGGCAGUGACAGGGGCCGUCACAGGUCUUCAUCCAGCGGUGGUUCCUCCUCUCGUUCCAGGUCCCGCUCUCAUCCUCGCUGCCACAGACAUUCCCAUUGUCGCAAUCAUCGUAGAUACAGCCGCAGCCGCCACCGUUCCUCACGCCACUACAGAGCACACUCUCGAUCCUACAGUCGCUCACCAUCACUGGACAGGUAUCACAGGCACCGUAGACACUCCAGUUCCAGGUCCCACUCAAGGUCUUCACUGGCAAGGAGCAGAUACAGCAGGCCUCAGGCUCAUUUUAAUAGGUUUCCAAGAUCACGAUCCAGAUCCUAUAGAAGCCCCUCGAGAUCCUCAGGGAGUUCAGUCAGCUUGAGUUUGGAAGAUAAGAGAGAACUCUUAAAAGCUGCAAAAACCAAUGCCAUGAAACUGCUUGGAGUGGAGAAACUGGAGCUUCCUAAGAGUGUGAAACCGAUACUCUCAGAGCAAAUUGAGGAGCCUGACUGGGUGUUACCAGAGUCUGAGCCAAGGGUGAGACCACGACCCGAAAAGAUGUCAUCACAGAGCAAUGAAGCAGAGGCCAUUAUCAUCAAUCCAAAGAUGACCACAAAAACAAAAACCAUCACUUUCAGCAUCAAUAAUUGUGUGGCCAAGCCGACCAUCGCUGUACCAACUACUGUCAAGGUAACACCCAGAGAGGAGACCUAUGAAAGCAGCAUGCCCUAUGGCCACUGGGUCCCAGUGAUGAGCAGCAAGUCCUUCAGGGCACGUAAACAAGUCCGCAAAAAGUCAAAAUAA